AGGAGCUGGCGGCGAAGGAGUAUGAUUCACUAAAAAACACAAAUGAUUACUUGAUGGAACAGAUGGCCAAAAUGGUGAAGCCCAAGUCGGAGGAAAUCACAGGAGAAUCAAACUUUAACUGCGGAGGAUGUUCUGUAUCUGCAUGUUCAAGAACUGCAUCUCCUAUUGUUCCACUUCACUGGCCAUCAGCAGUUCAACCUCUAGAUGCUACCCUGUUUCGAAGCAGAUCUCUAUGUGAUAUUGCAAAUCCAUCGCUUUUUGCCAUGACACAUGCAUCAAGGCCGGAAUUAUUGUCUGAUCAAAGAGAAUCUGCGAUGGUUGCUAAUCCAGGAGCUUUGUUAUACGUACUGCCAUUCCCUUGUUUCUUUCCUCUGCAUUCCCUAACAAAUGCUCUUCGCCUGCCGUCCCCUCCUCAAAACGAUGGACGAAAUCAAACUUAUUCAAAUAAUCAGUGCACAGCAAGUUCUUCCAUGAAAAACAGUCUGCAUGGAGAGGAUGACCAAGCCUGUUUAUCCUUGAAAGUCAAAACAGAAGCUUCUAAUUCAAUCUCCGUUGAUGAUGUCCAUCAGGCUGGAUUUGGAUACCCUCCAGACGGUGGUGGUAACAUUGGAGGAACUUAUCCUGAUAGGAUGGUUCUCAUGCCGACACCCUUGAGGUGUGUCAGGCCGGCAACUAGUUUGCGCGUAGGACUUAGUACUGCUGCAAGGAGAAAUGACACUUUAACCAAGGCGGAGGUUGUUGCAUCUUCUGCCGGACAAAGAGAAAAAGGUGCAUCGGAAGAGCAUCAAGAGCCAGUGGUUUACACCAGGAAAAUGUCAGAGGAUGCAACCACUGCUGCAGAAGCCAGGAGGAGGAGAAAAGAAUUGAUGAAACUGAAAAUCCCGUAGGUUGGUCAUUAACAUUGUAAUUUUUGUAAUAGUAGGGUCUGAAGUUGCAGGCUUCAAAGGGUUUAUCGAAUUUUCCGGCAACAAGAGGCUAUCAGGAUUGAAAGCAAACGGGGGACCAAUUCAGAGGAGAAGAUUAAAGAAAGGGCAAACUCUGAAGUGGCUCUAGCGUUUCCUGGACUUUUUGAGGUUGAAUCUCAUGCUUUUGGCUCCAAGUUUUCACUUGAGGUUGAAUAAAUAAAAUCUUUUGGAAUGAAACAUCA